ACCGACUGUGAUAUGUUGCGUUUCGAUACACCAGAAGUACAUUAUUUUCCAAUGGAACGCUGCAUUUCCCUUGCAGCAUUGCGUUGCAGAGGCAGAUGCUGUGCGUUUUGUGUGGUACAUACGUUCGAUUUAUCGAACGUAUGCAUGCAUCAAAUUGUUUGCGUAGAUUUGACAGAAAGUAGCAAAAUAUGAAUGUAGAUUUUCUUUUUGCAAACAUAUUCAGUAAAAAUGUGGGAUUACAUAAAAACAGUUUGAUUGCAUAAUUUCUUUACAUUUUUUAUUAAUUUAUUUGCCAAGUAUUAUUUAUUCGAUGACAUCCACAAAUUAAUUGUGAGAGCCUAUAAUAUAAUUUCCAUCCAAAAUGCAGUUUUGGAGCGAAAUGCAAUAAUAAAUAGUCAAGAUAGCAGAGUAGGCUCUUUCAACAAUGAGACCAACGUUGAGGAAGGUGGUCUUGAUCGCGCUGUUGGGCCGGGACCAGCCCCGCAGAAAGCGCAGGUCUGUGUGGGUCCAGAGAUGGUUAAAGUCCCGAAAGCAGGCAGGGGAGUUCCACCGUCUAAUUCAAGAGCUUCGACUGUUUGGAGAGGAAUUCCGAAGUUACUUUCGUCUGGACCGAAGCCAGUUCGAUCACCUGCUCCAGAUGGUUGGAGCCAGGAUCACCCGGAUGGAUACCAACUACCGGGAGUCCAUCAGCCCAGUUGAACGCCUGGCCUUUUGUCUCCGAUUCUUGGCGACAGGGGACUCCUACAGGACCAUAGGAUUCAGCUUCCGAGUUGGACGGUCCACGGUGGCAGGCAUUGUCCCCUCUGUGGCACAAGCCAUUUGGGACUGUCUGGUUGGUGAAAACAUGCCUGUCCCCAAGGAGGAAGACUGGAGGGCCAUCACUGCUGAGUUCCUGGAGAGGUGGAAUUUCCCCAACUGUCUUGGCUCCAUUGACGGGAAACAUGUAGUAAUCCAGGCUCCACCGUGCUCAGGUUCGCAGUUCUACAACUACAAGGGUACAUAUUCAGUUGUACUCUUGGUUGUAGUAGAUGCCAUCUACUGUUUCCGUGUUGUCGAUGUUGGUGCUUACGGCAAGGGAAGUGAUGGCGUGAUCUUCCGAAACUGCCUUUGGCCAGACACUUCAGGAUGGCACCCUGGAUAUUCCACUAUCUGCAUCACUCCCUGGGGCUGAAGACCUGGGACCUGUUCACCACGUCUUCGUCGGCGAUGAGGCCUUCCCUUUAAGACCCAACCUCAUGAGGCCCUACGCUGGACGCCAGCUGCCAUUGCCAAAGCCUGUAAGGAUCUUUAGCAAACGACUGUCCAGGGCAAGGUUAGUUGUUGAAUGCGCCUUUGGGAUUCUGGCAGCCCGAUGGAGAAUGUAUUGGAGAGUGCUUGGUCUCAGCCCCUCAAAUGUUGAUGCCUGCGUGAAGGCCACAUGUGUUCUCCACAACUACCUGCAGAGGUCAUUCCAGGAGCCGCUCCGGAUGGAGAUGGGCACGCCAAAUGGUCACCUUCCUGAUGUCACCAGGGCAGGUGCCAACAACACCCCCAGACAGGCACUCCAGGUGAGGGAGAAGCUGACCACCUACUUCUCAUCGCCAGCAGGUGAAGUCCCAUGGCAGUAUGCCGUGGAGUGAAACUCCUCUUUUAAUUAAGAGCCCCAUAACACAAAGAUUAUUUUAAGAACCAUCCACCGUUGUCAAUAAAAUUGCAUUUUUCAAUUUGGGAGUAAAAACCACACCUUAACCCCUUCCCUCUCCCAUUAACGUCAGUAUUAUACACACCUGGCAUGGUACAUCAGGUGAGCGGGAGCACUAAUUAAGGUUAUACGACAUACAGUUAAUAUGAUAACAAAGGGAAAGGGUAACCUAGGGUUCAUAUAAAUAGUACAGUUUACCACCAUGUUGGCCUGAUAAAAUACAGGUGGAAAAAAAAAUAAUUAGGAAGAGAAUGUGUUUUUACUUUCAUCUUGUCAUAGAUCAGCAAAGGUGUAGGGAAGAAAUAAAGCAGAUUAAGUCUAAAUUAGAUAUUAAUAAACAACUGAAACCACUGACUAUG